ACUUUUCCGACCACAGAGCCCUUCUCCCUCACAGGAUAAUUAUAGCACACUGUCAUCCCACAAUUAACACACACACAUAGAAGUAAAAACUCUCAGGCUAGACCCACCAUAUAAAAGACAGUCAGACAGACAAAAGCCACACCAGACCUAACACAAACAGUGAGAAAGGUUCUGAGGCUUGAGAGUGGAUUCAUACGGCGUUUUGAAUAAGGACAGCACAAAACUACUUUAUUUAUUAACUCGGUGCUCAUUGUAUCACUUCAAAGCUCUGACUGGAUAUCAAUUUGAGGCAAAGAAACCUUCUAAACACUAAUGAGUGCGACCAACUCCUCUGCCUAUCGAUCGGAGCGCAGUUUCCACCAGACAUCCUCCUCAUCUUCAUCCUCAACCUCAACAAACCCGUACAUGGAGAAGAGCCGAGGACUCUUCGCUGAGGACUUUGGAUCUUUCAUGUGUCCAAAAGAUGCUUUGGGAUUUCCAAACAGAACAGAAACAGAUGGAAACAUCAAGACUCUGGGAGACACAUAUCAAUUCACAGUGGAUGUCCGAGACUUCUCACCUGAGGAUGUGAUUGUCACCACCUCAAACAAUCAGAUUGAAGUUCAUGCUGAAAAGCUUGCUACUGAUGGAACAGUGAUGAACACUUUUACCCAUAAAUGCCAGCUACCAGAGGAUGUAGACCCCACCUCGGUGAAGUCAUGUUUAGGGGCUGAUGGGACUCUCACUAUAAAAGCACAGAGAAACACUGCAAAACUGGAGCACGCACAGACGUUCCGCACAGAGAUCAAAAUUUAGAUCUUUCCUCUCCUGCUGUAUCUGUUUCUCUGUGAUAAAUGACCUUAAUAAUAGUUGGUUAGUCCUGCUUUGUCAUUCCUCCAUGACCUUCUCUCAUUUCUUCUCAUUAGACUUGAGUGGAACUUAAUCCUGUCAGAUGUAUUCGAAACAUUUAAGACAAAUGCACUGCUAACGUCAAUUCCCUGCUAAAUACAUAUCACCUUACAAUAUACAGUGGGGUCCAAAAGUCUGAGACCACAUUGAACAUCUGUGAGUCAAAAUCCAAUUUAAAUCUGCAAAGAAAGAGAAUAUUUUAGGGUUUUGACAGUAAGAAAGAAAAAUAUGUCUUUAAAUUAAUAAGAAAGGUUUCAAUUCUGCAUUUCGAUGUCACUAAACUUAAUCAAAUUUGUUACAUUGAUCACGUGGCUCUUUCUGCAAACACUCAGAUGUUCUUGCUUCAGUUGAAGUUCAAGAUGCUCUUUGAGUCAUUUAAAUCAUGCUGGAGAACAUAAGCAUCAGGUUUUAAACAAACUUGUGAAGUUCAUGUAGCUCAAAUACUGCUGUCAUGAAAUGAAAAGGAUACCAAAAUACCAAAUACUAAGAUAUUUUCAAAAAGUUAACUUUUCACUCAACUUUUUUUGCUGAUAAUAUCAUUUGUAAUGCAUUUAAAAGCAAUUUUAGUAGUAGUUGUCUCAGACAUUUGGAGCUCAUUGUAAGUAUGACAAACAAUUAGAACAGAAACCUAUUAAUUGAACUGAUUGUUAUUGUUAUUAAAAGGUAUAUUUUCUAACUGUAAAACUAUGUUGUGUUGGGUGAAUAAAACACUGUUUUAGAACCGAAUAAAACCAGAACACCU